AUUUUGUGGCGAGGAGUCCGGCUCCGCGGAAAGGCCUAACCCGGCAGGGCUUGCUUGGGUCGAAUGUGUAGGCUCGGCUUUGUGGUUGAGUCCGGGUCUCCGCCAGUGGGCCCGGGAAGAUGGUGCUGGGUGGUUGCCCGGUGAGUUACUUACUUCUGUGCGGCCAGGCGGCUUUGCUGCUGGGGAACCUACUUCUGCUGCACUGUGUCUCUCGGAGCCACUCGCACAACGCUACGGCCGAACCCGAGCUCACAUCCGCUGGCGCCGCCCACCCCGAGGGCUCAGCCGGCGCUCCGAGCUGGGAAUAUGGCGACCCCCAGUCUCCAGUCAUCCUUUGCUCUUACCUCCCUGAUGAAUUUAUAGAAUGUGACGACCCAGUGGAUCAUGUUGGAAAUGCAACUGCAUCCCAGGAACUCGGUUAUGGUUGUCUCAAGUUCGGUGGGCAGGCCUACAGUGAUGUGGAACACACUUCUGUCCAGUGCCGGGCCCUCGAUGGGAUUGAGUGUGCCAGUCCUAGGACCUUCCUGCGGGAGAAUAAACCUUGUAUAAAAUACACGGGACACUACUUCAUAACCACUUUACUCUACUCGUUCUUCCUGGGAUGUUUCGGAGUGGACCGUUUCUGUCUGGGACACACUGGCACAGCAGUGGGGAAGCUAUUGACACUUGGAGGACUUGGGAUUUGGUGGUUUGUUGACCUUAUUUUGCUUAUUACUGGAGGGCUGAUGCCAAGUGAUGGCAGCAAUUGGUGCACUGUCUACUAAAAAGAGCUGUGGUCAUGGCCCAGAGAGGCAUGUCUUCUGAAUUCAUCUCUACAGGCUCAAAACUUCCUUGAUAACAGACCUGACCAUUACUUUCCUUCUUCAGAGGGAAUGGGUUUGGUUAGGAAGGUUUCUUUGGACUCUGGGUUUUCAACCCAAAUUUUAUCUUGCAGACUAGAAAUGACAAACAGUGUUUGGGAAUCAAGUGUGUACCUUUCCUCACAUAUAAAAUAUAAAGGAUACUGACUAUCUUGUAAGUUGCAGGGGUUUCCAUACUGUAUUUCUAGACAUUGCUGUAUCUUCAGUACAUUGGAGCAAGUGGACCCAACAAGAUGGGCAAAGUAAAUAUUUUUAGGUGCCUUUUUGUGACCCUGAAAUCUUCAUGCAGAGGAGAUGUGAAGCCGAACCAGUGAAGAUCUUCAGCAGAAGUAAAAUGGCCAUGGAUUUUAAUACUCACUGAAAUUCUGACUUUCUGAAAUUAAGUUGUGGAAUAAAUUUUGCCAACCUGGAA